AUGUCAGAGUGUUUCGUCCCGACUAGCGGUGUCGAUAAGGGAAAUCAGCCCCGACAUUCAGAGCUGGACACCAUACGACCAGCAACUAUAUAUGCUGACGACCUGUUAAUGAGACCUGUCCACCCCCUACCCAUGGAACUCUACCUCAACCCAUUCGUGAAGCGAGGCUCGCAGCGUACCAGAACCCAUCUUACCAUGCCCUACUACACACAACCACGUUACGACUUCAUUCGGCUUUCCCUAAUCAUGCAAAGCCCCCUAUACAACUAG